CAUCCCCGGCCCGGCCCGUCCCGUCCCCGCACGCUGCCGAGGGUCCCCUCGGGGCUGCCACCGGGGCCGGCGGCGGCGGCGGCUCCGCGCCGCUUCCUGCCGCCGCCCUUAAAGGUGCGCAGCGACGGGGCCAGGAUGAUCCAGCGGCACCAGCUGGUGCAGUCUGUGCUGCAGGAGCUGCAGGAGGCCACCGAAUGCUUCGGUCUGGAGGGCCUCACCAGCGCCGCGCUGGAGGCGGAGAGGACCCUGUCAUCCUUCUCCCUGCCCGGCUAUCACGGGAGGCAAUUCCAAGAGGAGCUGGAAGUUGACCGAGUAGCCAGGAGCCUCUACCCCGAGGAUGCCCCAAGUAACAUGCUGCCCCUGGUUUGCAAAGGGGAGGGGAACCGCCUCUUCGAGGCCGCCAGCGUGCUGCUCUGGGGCAACCCCAGCCUCAGCCUGGAGCUGCAGGUGCGGACGGUGGUGGAGAUGCUGCUGCACAAGCAGUACUACUUGAAUGGCAUGAUAGACUCCAAGGUGAUGCUGCAGGCUGCCCGCUACUCCCUCUGCACUGAGGAGACCCCGGAGAUGACCAGCCUCCCCAUGGCUAUCCUGGAGGCGAUCUUUGAUGCUGAUAUCAAAGCUACCUGUUUCCCUGGCACCUUCGCCAACAUGUGGCACGUCUACGCUCUGGCCUCCGUGCUGCAGUGUAACAUCUACUCCAUCUACCCCAUGAGCAACUUGAAGAUCCGGCCGUAUUUCAACCGCCUCAUCCGGCCCAGAAAGUGCGGCCCGCGGACCUCCACGCUCCACAUCAUGUGGUCGGGGCAGCAGCUUUCCCGGCAGGUCUUCAAAGCGCAGUACUUCGUGGCCGUGGUGGGUCUGGAGGAGCUGGAACCCACCAUGCCCUCGCCAGAGCCUCCCGUCCAGCCCAUGAAGACCCUCGAGCUGCUGAAUAGUGACCCCCAGCUGACGUACUCCAACCUCCGUGACAGGUACAGCAUCACCAAGAGCACCUUCUACCGCUGGAAGCGCCAGUCCCGCGAGCACCGGCAGAAAGCAGCUGCCAGGUUUGCAGCCAAACACUUCCUUCAGUCCUGCUUCCAAGAGGGCAACGUAGUCCCCCUCCAGCACUUCCGACAGAUGUUCCCGGAAAUCUCCCGGUCCACGUACUAUGCCUGGAAGCACGAGAUGCAGAGCGUGGUCAACGGAGAUGCCUCUGCUCUGGCUGAGGCCCAUGGGUUGCAGGAGCUUCACAGGGAUGUCCAAAAAAAGGCUGUGGAUGAGCCGGCAAAUUCAGAGGCGAGCUCUAGGCCCCCGAGCCCUUCCCUAGACCCGGUCCAAGCAGGGAUCUUCAUGCGAGGAGCCAAAUCCUACCUGGAGAAAUGCAUUUCCAUGAACACUCUGGUGCCUUACAGGUGCUUCAAGCGCAGCUUCCCCGGCAUCUCCAGGUCCACGUACUACAACUGGCGAAGAAAAGCCAUCAAGGAGAACCCCAACUUCAAGCCCCCUCAGUCUCCCUUGGAUAACCCCAAACCUCUAGCCAUAGGAAAACCCCUCCUCCAGCUGAAGCCAGGCAGCUUGCCUGUUAGGAAGAGGCUGAACGGAGACCGGCCAGCGCCCAGGAGUCUCCUGCAGCUCAAGCCCUCUCUCUGCUGGAGGAAGCAGCUGCGAGACGUGGCCCGGAGGCAGGUCCAGCAGUGGCAGCUGCCCUUCAGCAAGUUUCGCCUGCGCUACCCAGCGCUCUCCUCCACGACCUACUGGUUUUGGAAGGGCUUAGGCCGGGCGCUCAGGCGGCAGCGCCUGCGCUGGGCCAGCUCCAGGCGGCUGUUGAAGCGGGUGGCUGCCCUGGGGCCACAGAGGGCCGAGCUGGGUGUCAAACCCCAGUUCCCUGCAGAGGUAGCAAGCAAGCAGCUAGAGAAGCCAGCACCGGCUACCCCGUACAACGCCACCAUCUCGGGCUACGCCGUGUCGGAGCGGGCCAACAGCCGGAUGUUUGUGAUGGAUGUGAUCGCCACCGCCCAGUUCAAGGCGCAAGCCAAGCUGUUCCUGCAGCAGCGCUUCGAGUCGAAGACCUUCCCCACCUACAAGGAGUUCAGCGCCCGCUUUCCCCUCACGGCCCGCUCCACCUACUACAUGUGGAAGCGUGCCCUGCACGAUGGGCUGACCCUCGUGGAUGCCUGAGGGCUGCUCUGUGCCCUGCGGCUCUCUGGCAGGGUGUCCAGGCUGGGGCCCAGGCCUAACUUUUUGUUCUGGUUUUGUUUUGUUCCUAGUCUCUGAUUUUUAUUUUUUUUUUCUUUUUCUUUUUGGGGGGUUCAGUCAGGUAUCGAGUGCCUGCACGGUGCCCACUCCCGGAGAUGGGAGGAGUGGGAGGCAGGCUCUGGCUGCCCCAAAGGAGAGGGGCAGAGGGGUUUUGUCCUCUGUUGUGCUCAGGGGAUGCGCAGGGGUCUGAGGGCAUGGCAGCCCCCCUGUGUGUGAUGGGGUGGAGGACUGGAAGGGCUGUCUGCCCUGGGCACAAGUGUGAAGGAGUGGGGAUGUGCAGAACUGAGCAUGGAGGUGCCCAGCAUCCCCUCAGCUGUGGGUGAGGGGGGGGGGUUGGGGAGUGCUCAGUGUUUUUUUGGGGGGAUAUGUGUACAUCUCUGAUCUGUGCUCCUCCCGGUUAAGGAGGAUGAAGGCUUAAUCUCAGGCCAGCACUGAUGCCACUUUAGCUUUCGAGCUUUUAAUAGCUUUCCCUAGCUGCCCUGAUCUUCCCUGGAGGAACCAGAGGCUGGUAGAGGAUGGCUUUGGGUUGUGUCCCCAUUGUAGCCUGUGCUGGGAACGUGUUAUGUUCCCUUGCCAAGCCAGGAGCUGCUGUCCUUUUUUUUGUUUUUAUUUUUGGUUAGGCUCUAGAGAAGCCAUCCCUGACCUUCCUGGUCUUUUAGCAAUAGCCUCUUUCACACAGUCCUUCACUCAGAGCUGGCAGCUGUCCUCCUCUGUGUCUCUUCCCUGGUGCCUGCAUGAAGGUGUGGGGCAGGGACCAAACCCCGUGGGCCCAAAGUCUCUCCCUGAGCCACUCAAGGCAGGGUGGCUGCCUCCUCGCAGCAAACAUGGCUGUGUAGGCCUGACUUGUAAGAACUGAAAGCAAUAAAAACUUCUGCUCCCAGUCCUGUGUGGUUCCUCACUCCUACA